CCCUGCACUUCCCACACACACACACUCUCUCCCUCUCUGCUCAGUCUCACAGCUCAACUUUCUGUACCUGUCAAUUUCGUCACUUCGAAGACGAAACUCCCAUCAGAUAUCAAGCGAGAGAGCAGCUAUAUUGGUGAUUGCUGUGCCGAGACGCAUGCUGUUUAUCGACAGCGAGUGGCAGGAACCUGUCCUGAGGAAGCGGAUUCCCAUCAUUAACCCCACUACCGAGGAAAUCAUCGGGGAUAUUCCAGCUGCUACUGCUGAAGAUGUGGAGCUUGCUGUCCGUGCUGCUCGGAGAGCCCUCGCCAGGAACAAGGGAAAAGAUUGGUCAACAGCCUCCAGUGCCGUGCGUGCCAAGUAUAUGAGGGCUAUUGCUGCUAAGAUAAAGGAGCGGAAAUCUCAACUGGCUAAACUCGAGGUAAUGGAUUGUGGGAAGCCUUACGAUGAAGCAACAUCGGAUAUGGAUGAUGUUGCUGGCUGUUUUGAGUAUUAUGCUGACCUUGCUGAAGGGUUAGAUGCAAAACAGAAGGCUCCUAUCUCUUUUCCAUCGGAAACAUUUAAAAGCCACGUCCUCAAGGAACCCAUCGGAGUGGUCGGGUUGAUUUCACCAUGGAACUAUCCUCUCUUGAUGGCUACCUGGAAAGUGGCUCCUGCUUUGGCUGCCGGAUGUGCUGCAAUACUGAAGCCAUCCGAGUUGGCAUCCGUAACGUGCUUGGAGCUUGCUGAUGUUUGUCGAGAGGUGGGUCUUCCUGCUGGUGUUCUCAAUAUCCUGACGGGGCUAGGUCCAGAAGCUGGAGCUCCCCUGGCAUCUCAUCCUCAUGUCGACAAGAUUACAUUUACAGGAAGUAAUGCUACGGGGCACAAGAUAAUGGCAUCUGCAGCUCAACUUGUUAAGCCAGUAUCCUUGGAGCUCGGAGGGAAAAGCCCGAUUGUUGUGUUUCAGGAUGUUGAUCUUGAUAGAGCGGCCGAAUGGACCAUGUUUGGUUGCUUUUGGACGAAUGGUCAAAUUUGUAGUGCAACAUCUCAUCUUCUCGUGCAAGAAAGCAUAGCAGCCGAGUUUCUUGACAGGCUUGUCAAAUGGACCAAAAACAUCAAAACACUGAUCCUUUCGAAGAAGUAUGAGAAAAUAUUGAAGUUUAUAUCUAGAGCCAAAAGUGAAGGAGCGACCGUUUUAUGCGGCGGGGAUCAACCCAAGCACUUAAAUAAGGGAUACUUCAUCGAACCAACCAUCAUAACUAAUGUCGAUAGAUCCAUGGAGAUAUGGAGAGAGGAAGUCUUUGGGCCUGUUCUCUGUGUUAAAACAUUUAGCACGGAAGAGGAGGCCCUUGAGUUGGCAAAUGAUUCCCAGUACGCCUUAGCAGCAGCUGUUAUAUCAAAUGAUUUGGAAAGAUGUGAGCGGAUGACUCGGGCCUUUCAGGCGGGCAUCGUGUGGGUCAACUGCUCCCAGCCAUGCUUCACUUAAAAUCCAUGGGGAGAAAACAAGCGCAGUGGUUUUGGUCGGGAACUUGGGGAAUGGGGGCUCGAGAACUACUUGACUGUGAAGCAGGUGACACAGUAUAUCUCAGGUGACCCAUGGGGAUGGUAUCAAUCACCUUCAAAGCUGUGAAAAUCCUCUGGGGUCAGGUUCGGUAACAGACAUUGUGGGAGACAUUGCUGUCAGUAACAGACGUGCAGUUAUAUCGAGAAGUAACGGAAAUAAAUU